CGUUUUCCCCCCCCGACAUGGGUCUUCCUCUUCCUCUUCCACUUCCGCUCUGAUCACACUUCGCGCCAAGGAGGAUUUUUUAUUUUAAAGGAGCUGCUGGUGUAAACUAGUCUCAUCACGAUCAAUAAGAAAAACUCAUUUAUUUUGUUGUGGAUUAUGGACAUCAGGCGGUUCUUUGUAUCAAGCAAACCCGCAGCACAGAAACCAUCUCAGGAUGGAACCCUCCACACGGAGAAGGAAUCCACGAAGAAGAAGAAGAAAUCCGUCUCAACAGACGAAGAAGUGAAGAAGAAGAAACCUGCCACCAAGAUCACCAGCCCCAAGGUGGAGAAGAAGAAGGACAAUGAUAAAAAGAGAAAGAGGCGUGCUCUCAUUGAGUCAGACUCUGAGGAGGAGGUAGUGGAGCAGAAGCAGAAGGCCCAGAAACCAAACCCUCCUCUUCCUCCGGCUCCUCUUCCUCCUGCCAAGAAAGACCCGGUGCAGUACGUCUCUGAGACAGAUUCAGACAGCGAUAACUUCCUGUCUCUGAAGAAGUCCCAGGGUAAUGGAGUGACCAGACCAGGGAAGCCCGGGACCAAAGAGAGCCACAGGUCCCCCCCGAAACCCACCCUUGCUCCCGCCACAGGGAAAGGAGGGAUGAAGAAGUCUCCUCCAGCCCCCGUCACCCCUAAAUCAGCGCCUCUGCAAACCAAACGCACCCCCACUUCUGUCCUGGACUACUUUGGCAGUGGGAGUGUCCAGCGCUCGGACAGGAAACUGGUGGCCAGUACCAAGAGGAAGACUGACCCUGUUGAGUCGCUGACUGAUGAGGUCAUCGCCCAGCAGAUGGACGAGGACAUGGAGUUGGAGAGGCAGGUCCACGAGGACGAGGAGUUGGAGAGGCAGGUCCACGAGGACGAGGAGUUGGAGAGGCAGGUCCACGAGGACGAGGAGUUUGCCAAGACGCUGGCCAUGUUGGACCAGCAACCACACGCCAAGAAGGCUCGUAAAUACUCUGGUGAGGAUCUGGGGUCAGCCAACAAAAGUAGCGCUAACUCCUCCCACAGCAGCACUACCAGCCAAUCACAGUCCAAUGGGCGGGACCACAACCAGGACGUGAUCGGUCCGUCCCCUGAAAAGGUCCCCCCUCUUGUUAAGACCAGUUCCAAACUGUCCAUGAUGAAGAAAAGGGAGGAGGAAGAGGAAGGAGGAGGCAAGACAAAUCUGAGCAUCAAUGCGUCCGUCUCUCCCAAAAAGGAGUUCCUAACCCCUUCGAGCACAGACAGGAAGUCCAAGCUCAAAACAGGAAGCGUAACCAUGGUGACCACACCCACAACUCUUAAAACCUCCCCCAAGAAAGAGAGCACCAGUCCAGAGGAAUCGGGGAAGAAGCGAGGGAACUCCUCAGCCUUCCGUAGUUUCCUGAACCGAGACGGACCCAGAGCCCUGGGAUCUAAACCCAUACCCACUGGAGCAGAGAACUGCCUGGAGGGAUGUGUGUUUGUGAUCUCUGGCGUGUUGGAGAGUAUGGAACGUGAGGACGCUAAGUGCCUGAUAGAGCGUUAUGGAGGGAAGGUGACCGGUAACAUCAGUAAGAGGACAACAUACCUGGUGAUGGGCAGAGAUGGAGGAGCCGCCAAGACUGAGAAGGCGGAGGGGUUUGGAACUAAGAUCCUGGAUGAGGAUGGUCUGUUGGAGUUCAUCAGAAGAACACCAGGGAAGAAAUCCAAGUACCUGAUUGCUGCCGAGGCAGAGAACAAGGGAUUUAAGAGCAGAACCCCGGACACCAAGACCACCUCCCGCACCCCCAAACAGUCCCCCAAAACUCGCUCCAUGACCCCCAGCCCCUCCAAACCUGGCUCGGCGUCGGGGCGAGGAGUCAGGGUAGGGGACAGCGUGACCCUCCCAGGGAGGGGUACAGGUUCAGGGGUCAAAAGAGGGCUGGACUUGGGGGGUAAGAGCCAUUCAUCUUCCUCCUCUGCCACUGUGUCUUUGCCCUCAUUCGCGGGUGAAGAUUUCAGUCUGCUGUGGGUGGAUAAGUACCGCCCCCAGAAUCUGAAGGCUGUGAUUGGUCAGCAGGGAGACCAGAGCCAAGCCAAUAAGUUGCUUCGCUGGCUGAAGAACUGGCACACCCACCAUGCAGUGGGAGGGGCUAAACCAGCAGGGAGAGGGUUUGGUAAGUUUACCAGUACUAAGGAUAAUGGUUCAAGCUUCAAGGCAGCCCUGUUAUCUGGACCUCCUGGCGUGGGCAAGACCACCACAGCUGCCUUGGUCUGUGAGGAGCUGGGCUACAGCUAUGUAGAGAUGAAUGCCAGCUGUACUCGCAGUAAGAACAGUCUGAAACAGGUGAUCGCUGAGUCUCUGAACAACACCAGUAUCAACAACUUCUACACAGGUUCGUCUCAGACAGUCAGUAGUAAACAUGUUCUCAUCAUGGAUGAGAUUGAUGGCAUGGCCGGCAACGAAGACCGCGGAGGAAUACAGGAGAUGAUCGGUCUGAUUAAACAGUCCAGGAUCCCCAUCAUCUGUAUGUGUAACGACCGUAAUCACCAGAAGAUUCGCUCUCUGGCCAACUACUGCUUUGACCUGCGCUUCCAGAGACCACGACUGGAGCAGAUCAAGGGUGCUAUGAUGUCCAUUGCUUUCAAAGAGGGUCUGAAAGUCCCGCCUCCUGCCCUCAACGAGAUGAUCCUGGCAUCCAAUCAGGACAUCCGACAGGUCCUCCACAACCUGAGCAUGUGGUCGGCUAAGGACAAGGUCAUGACCUACGACCGGGUCAAAGAGGACGCCAACAACGCACGCAAGGACAUGAAGUUGGGUCCGUUUGACGUGUGUCGGAAGGUGUUCUCCAAGGGGGAGGAGUCAGGUCACAUGACGUUGAUUGACAAGUCGGACUUGUUCUUCCACGAUUACUCCCUGGCCCCCCUCUUCGUCCAGGAGAACUACAUACAUGUUAAACCUGCUGCUGCUGGUGGUGAUAUGAAGUCCCACCUGGUCCUCCUCAGUAAGACAGCUGAUUCUAUCUGUGAUGGAGACCUGGUGGACAGACAGAUACGUUCCAAACAGGCCUGGUCUCUACUGCCCACACAGGCCAUCUAUUCCAGUGUGUUACCAGGAGAGUUGAUGAGGGGUUAUAUGACCUCCUUCCCCUCGUUCCCCUCCUGGCUGGGAAAGUUCUCCUCCGGCAAUAAACACUCCCGGAUCAUUCAGGAGCUGGCCUCUCACAUGAGCCUCAAGACAUUAAGUAGCAGACAGGCAGUGAGCCUGGACUACCUUCCGUACCUCCGCAUGGCCCUGUUGUGUCCUCUUCAGAGGCAGGGGGCGGAGGGGGCCGGUCAGGCCGUCCAGCUGUUAGACGACUACCACCUGGUCAGAGAGGAUGUGGACAGCCUCAUGGAGAUCAGCCUCUGGGGGCAGCCUGACCCCUACGCUAAACUAGACCCCAAGGUGAAAUCAGCGUUCACGAGGGCCUAUAACCGGGAGACCCACCUGACACCGUACUCCCUCCAACCAAUCAAGAAGGGCCGUCGUGGCGGGGGGGUGGAGACAGAACCAGGAGGAGAAGGGCAAGAGGAACAGCCUGAGGAAGAGGAGGAGGAAGAAGGUGUUGCAGCUGACGCCAUGAUCAAAUUGAAGAAGGCCAAACCCUCCAAGGAGCCCAAGAAGGAGAAGACAACAGCCGGGGAUUCUGGGAAGGGCAAAGGCAAAGGAAAGGGCAAAGCCAGGAAGUGACCCCUAACCUCUGAGACAACAUCUCUUCUCUGACAUUCCGAAGAACAAACCCCUAAACAGUUUGACCAUCACCUACCUGGUCUUAUCACCGUGGCGACCGGAGACAGAACCCUGGCUCUCUUCGUGGACCCCUUUAAACUUAGGAUGUGCAUCCCAAAGCGGACCCUAUUCCCUAUACAGUGCACUACUUUUGACCAGAGUCCCAUAGGGCCCUGGGUAUAAAGUAGUGCACUACUUUUGACCAGAGUCCCAUAGGGCCCUGGGUAUAAAGUAGUGCACUACCUUUGACCAGAGUCCCAUAGGGCCCUGGUUAUAAAGUAGUGCACUAAAUAGGGAAUAGGGUCCGCUUUGGGACUUUACUAUAUCUUGUUAGCGCUGUGGAUUUGUAAAGGUGUGUGUGUGUGUGUGUGUGUGUGUGUGUGUGUGUGUGUGUGUGUGUGUGUGUGUGUGUGUGUGUGUGUGUGUGUGUGUGUGUGUGUGUGUGUGUGUGUGUGUGUGUGUGUGUGUGUGUGUGUGUCAUGUAAAUAUGUACCUUGUAGUAUAUAAAGAUGCUGUUGCUUUCUACUGCUCAUCGUAGACGGGAAACCUUUCUGGUCUGAACCGUCGAGACCAGCAGAUGGAUCAGCGAACGGCAGAACAGUUCUGGGUUUUUGUUGUAAAGAUUUACACUGAUAAAUAACGGCUGUAUUUACGGUAUUGAUUUACACUGAUAAAUAACGGCUGUAUUUACGGUAUUGAUUUACACUGAUAAAUGACGGCUGUAUUUACGGUAUUGAUUUACACUGAUAAAUGACGGCUGUAUUUACGGUAUUGAUUUACACUGAUAAAUGACGGCUGUAUUUACACUGAUAAAUGACGGCUGUAUUUACGGUAUUGAUUUACACUGAUAAAUGACGGCUGUAUUUACGGUAUUGAUUUACACUGAUAAAUAACGGCUGUAUUUACGGUAUUGAUUUACACUGAUAAAUAACGGCUGUAUUUACGGUA